UUGUCCUUCAUUUUGAUCUUUUUAUUUUCACUUUAUUCUCUACCAUCAAUCCAUUUCGAGCAUGCCCCAUAGACCAAGUCCCAAGCCUCCAUCGUCAUUGCCGUCCCCUUCACGGCCACAAGAAUCACAAAUAGAGGUACUCUACAACACGGCCGUUCAAUCCUUUGUUAGGCGGGACCAUGUCAAGACCCAAGCAACGCUCGCACGGCUGCUCGAGUCUUUAAAAAAGAAGAGGAUUGGACCUUAUAGAACAUGGUACAAACUGGAUGGGGCUAAACCUGACAAUGAGAAUUCGGAAGCAGCUGCGAAUGACGACUGGAUGGUCAAAACACUCAAGCUGCUCAUCAGUUCAACGGCUUCGCUAUACGCUGAUCCUCCUAACAAUACCACAGCUCUUCCUGAGCUCCUGGUCUCUAUGUUGCCCCCUAAAUCCCCAAAAGAGAUUUUAUCGUAUCUCCAACAUCGUUGUAUGAGCGCGUAUUACUCCAAAGGAGCGACAGCACAUCUUCUACCUCCCCAAUUGGUAUCCACUCUUAUCCUGGCGUCUCUCAAGCUUUCACCACAAAGAUCUGCAUUGGACUUUGCCCAUUCAAUGACAGAGUCAUGGAUAGCGUCUUUACCAGACUCUUUGAUACUCUCCAUUAGCCCUACAAGCUCUUACCGGCCUAAAGACCCAAUCGAACGCAAGCGGGUCGAGAGUGCGCGGGAAGGAUAUUUGAAAGUUGUAGAGCUUUUUAUCGGCGAAGUUUUGAGUCGUGAAGAGGAAUGGGAGAUGGCAAGGGGAUUCUUGGAGGGUGAAGUUGUUAUGUCUUCAAAGAAGAAAGAGACACUGUACAAACAUCUUAGAACACUUGAAUCCAAGGCUUCCCUCCCCUCUCUAGCCCCAUCCCCUUCCUCAUCCCUCAUUCUCCCUUCUUCCUCCGAUUCCUUAUCCAUUGAAGAGGAAAAAGAAAGUAAGAUACGCUCCCGAUUAUCAAGGUCAUCAAGCACAUCAUCAUCCAGCUCAAGCUCGAGCGAAGCUACCGCUCGUCCCGGUACUUCCCAGAAUGGCGGUCUCCUGGGUACAGGUCUCGCUCUAGGCCAAAGAAUGGAGCAGCUGAGACAGAUACGAAAGGCUGGUAAGGAUAGGGGAGAGGAAUCACCGCGUCCUGGUUCUAUUGCGAGUCAAGCAUCAGGGUCUGGUAUCUCUGAAAGCACUUAUCGCCUUGUCCAUUCGAAUUUUAGACGCAAUUCAUCUUCCCGGCGAGGAAAUGAUGUCCCAACCUCCAGACCAGAUAAUUUGCACCAUAUCCUUCAAUCUUUGCUCGGUCGCCUACCUACAUCCCUAUCAACCACUCUCCAAUCCCUCUCCCCCGUCGUUCUGACGGUCAUCACUAUACCGUUGCCUUUACUUAUCAUUUUUACCAUUAUCCGACUCCGUCGAUCGAGAUUCGCGCGCCAGCAGACGACAGUAGUAGGAGGAGCGAGAGGGGGCUCGCGCAAUACGGUAUUACAAGUCCAACAUCGACUGCAAAGGGUUAGAACUCAGCAGAGAGGAUGGUGGGAUUGGGUAUUGUGGUAUUUGAGAUGGUGGUUAGCCAAAUUUGCGGGUGUUUGGAAGCUGGGUACGACGAUCACGUAUGUUUGAUCAAGAGUCUAUCAGGGUUUUGGCGGGGGAACGCAUUGUUUUUUGCACCGGAUCGCAACUUUGACAGCGUAUGGCUCUUGUAGCAAGUUGUAUUGAUGCAUUAUCGAGU